GGAAUAAUAUUUUAUAAGAAGAGAGAGAGAGAGGGGAGGUUUCUGUCUUGGAAUCAAAGUGUUCUUCUUUGUGGUGGGUCUGUGAAGAUGUCCAUUUGGUGCUGUGAGACUGCCUCUGUAAUGCAGUGUGGUAAUUUCACUCGAGAAGCAACAAUAGAGGAGAGAGGAGGAGAUUGCCGACGAUGUGGAGUCGGUGGCGGAGGAGGAAGAGCGAAGACGACAUCGGCGACGAUGGAGGGACGGCGACCAUCGGCGGCGACAGAGAGCACAAAUUCCUUUGAUAUCAGGGAGAGGAACGUCGGGUUGAAGCCUCCGAGGGCGAUGUCGUCGACGGUGAGGUAGGGCAGCGGCGGUGGGGAAACGGAUGAGGGCGAGGGACCAGAGAAGGGUUUGUCCAGCGGUUCUCCAGAAUGGUCCACCGGAGAGCUCGUCUGAUGAUGGAUCGCCCUGGUACAAAGAUCACCAAAAAUCUGAGUUUGGAUUGGAGACUGGUCACUGUAAGGUGUUUAUGGAAUCAGAGGAUGUGGGUCGGACCCUUGACCUCUCAGCCCUUGGAUCAUACGAAGAGCUUUACAGAAAUCUGGCCAACUUGUUGGGCAUAGAAAGAUCAGGGAUGUUGAGCCACGUGCUCUACCGGGAUGCUGCCGGUGCCAUUAAACACACUGGAGACAAACCCUUCAG